GCGCGCUCCCGCCCCCAGCUCGGCCAGCCAUGGAGCAGAGGGCGGCGGCGGGCCCGGGCUUGGGCGCCUCCACCUUGGCCUGUGCUGAAGGUCGGGCCUCGGCCUCUGGCCCAGGGCGGCCCCGAUAUCUCCUGGACCUUCCCCCCGAGCUGCUGGUUGAAAUCUUCUGCUACCUCCCCGGGGUGAACCUGCCCAGUCUGGCCGCCGCUUGCAAGAAAUUCCACCAAAUCCUCAACACCGACACCAUCUGGAAGAGGCGCUGCCGCGUAGAAUAUGGAGUUUCGGAAAACCUGCGGCGUUUGGAGAUGGUGGGGGUCACAUGUCGUGAUUUGUACAUCAAACGUAUUAAUCCUCGAGUCAAAUCAGGAAGGUUUGUCAAGUUGCUUCCCGACUAUGAGAACAUGGAGCACCGGGAUGUGUACACGCGCUUGCUGCACCCUUACCGUAACAUUCUGGGCCUGUGGCAGCCAGACAUUGGACCCUACGGAGGACUGCUUAAUGUGGUUGUAGACGGAUUGUUUAUUAUUGGUUGGAUGUACCUGCCCCCUCACGAUCCCAGAGUCAACGAUGCCAUGCGCUGUAAACCUUUGUUCCGGAUUCACCUGUGGGAAAAGAAUAAAGCGGAAGUGGAAUGCAUGUAUGGUCACAAGGGGUCUCACAAGGGUGAUAUACAGAUUGUGAAGAAGGACGAGUUUUCAACCAAAUGCAAUCAGACUGAUUUCCACCGGAUGGCAGGAGGGAGGCAGGAGGAGUUCCGGACAUGGCUGGCAGAAGAAUGGGGUCGAACGCUGGAGGAUAUUUUCCAUGAGCACAUGCAGGAGCUAAUCCUUAUGAAGUUUAUCUAUACCAGUCAGUACGAUAACUGCCUGACAUAUCGUAGGAUCUACUUACCACCAUCCAGUCCAGAGGAUCUGAUACCACCUGGCCUAUUUAAAGGAACAUAUGGGAGCCACGGGCUAGAGAUAGUUAUGCUGAGCUUCCAUGGGACCCAUAUCAAAGUCACAAAAAUCACUGGAGACCCGAAUGUACCUGCGGGUCAGCUGACUUUGCACAUUGAUGUCACCCGCCCAGUUCAGCUGCCUGACAUCGAGCACCUUAGAAGCUUCGACAAACUAUCCCGAAUCGUGUUGGAGAUUCACCAACAGGUGCAAUGUGACCAACAGAACCAGGGGCACCGGCAGGAGAAUGCGCAGUGCAGUAUGGACAGCUUGCAGUCCGCAUGUAAUGGUGACCAGAGAAUGAAAGCUGCCGGAAUGAGCACGAAGCCUGAGACAGGAGAAGCAGAGGGAGCAACUGCCGAAGGGUCACCAGCACCGCCAGUGCCUGGGCAGCCCUUUGUCUUACCUGUGGGAGUGAUGGCUCGAAAUGAAGUGUACCCAAGGACGUGUAGAGCCUGUUUUUACGGCACUGGCCUGAUAGCAGGACAUGGAUUCACCAGCCCUGAAAGGACACCUGGGCUUUUCGUUCUAUUUGAUGAGCGAUGUUUCGGCUUCAUCUGGCUGGACCUGAAAUCGUUUAGCUUGUACAGCAGGAUUGAAGACUCGCUGAGAAGUGCACAGGCUCCUUUUAAAGAAGCUUUUGAAUUGAUGCUCAAGAGCAUGCAGUCAUGGACAUCCUGACUAAUGUCAGCUCUCAGGGAAUGAAGUGUUGUAUCAAUGAGCAAUCACAGCUGUGUAAAGCAGUCUCUCCCCAUGUCCACUAAAGCAUGCACUUUGGGAAGAAAGACUGGUGUUUGAAGUUGCCAGAACCACGUAUCACCUUCUCCUCACCUUUAACCCCAUCCCUUCUCACCUGAGCUACUACCCGAAGGUAAUAAUUGCUGCAAUGGUUUCGUAAUAAAGUUUCUUUCAGAGCUACCUGCGUGGACUGAAUAGAGAACGAAAUGUAGAUGGGAGUGCGGAGAAUCUCCCAGUGCUUGCUUGUGCAUUAACAACAAAGGUGGGAAUAAGGAUCGAAUGAAGCUUUGACUUUUCUGUAUGCUGAGUAACCUUUGUUGGUUCAGUGAGGGUUUCUGAGGGGCUUUGUCUUUUAAUUUUGUUACACAUUGUUGAACACACAUGCUUUUGUAUUGCUGAAAAAAAGAGACAUGAAACCUAAGCUUUUCAUCUUAUGUUCAUCAGUACAGAUUGCAAGAUUGCCAACAGUAAAGGGAACAACAAUUUAUACUGCAUGAGUGCUGAUUGGUUGGCAAGUGGACUCUGAUUAGUACAGACGUUGCCUUGGACAUUGCAGGAGGGAACAGUUAAUUGCCAAGUUUGACUUUGAUUGACCUGUCUGGUUUGAAUUUGAACAAAA